AAGGCAUAGUUUCCAGAUAGUAGUUUUUACUUCGAAGACUAGAUUGAAAUUUUAGUUUGUCUAAAUUUUUUAAUCAGUACAUCUGAAUUAAAAUAUUGUGGUUUAUUAUAAUCAUGAGAUAGAUUGUACUAAAACCAGAAUGUCUGGUCGCAAAAAAAGACCGUCCCUGAAGGUUCAAAUGCCUGAUGCACCAACUGUUGUAAAUCUUCCUAGAAAUCUAGAUAAACGUACUACUAUUACAAUUGGUGAUAAGACUACAACAGUCGAGGCAAGUGAUUUAGAAAAAAUAUGCGAUCUUGGGCGGGGUGCUUAUGGUAUUGUAGAAAAAAUGAGGCACAUACCUUCUGGUACAAUAAUGGCUGUUAAGAGAAUAGCUGCAACAGUUAAUACACAAGAACAAAAAAGGUUGCUCAUGGAUCUUGAUAUUUCUAUGCGUUCAUCAGCUUGUCCUCAUACAGUUCAAUUCUAUGGAGCUUUAUUUAUGGAAGGAGAUGUAUGGAUUUGUAUGGAAGUUAUGGACACUUCAUUAGAUAAAUUUUAUGCAAAAGUUUAUAAAUUUGGGCGAAAAAUAUCUGAACAAAUUCUUGGUCCUAUUACAGUAGCGGUUGUAAGUGCCUUACAUUAUCUUUAUUCACAAUUGAGAGUUAUACAUCGAGAUGUAAAGCCAUCAAAUAUAUUAAUCAAUCGCAACGGUGAUGUUAAAAUGUGUGAUUUUGGUAUAUCUGGUUAUUUAGUUGAUUCUGUUGCUAAAACUAUUGAUGCUGGAUGUAAACCUUAUAUGGCGCCCGAACGAAUUGAUCCUACUGGUAAUCCUUCAAAUUAUGAUAUCCGUAGUGACGUGUGGAGUUUAGGAAUAUCAUUAGUAGAACUUGCUACUGGUAAGUUUCCAUAUGAUACAUGGGGCACUCCUUUUGAACAACUUAAACAAGUUGUCAAAGAUGAACCUCCAAGACUGACUUCUGGUAUAUUUACAUCAUACUUUGAAGAUUUUAUUUGUCAAUGUUUACAAAAAGAUUAUCGAAGUCGUCCUAAUUAUUCUCAAUUGCUUGCUCAUCCUUUUUGUCUUGCUCAUCAACAACCACAAACAGCACUAGUCGCUUCAUUUGUGUCUGAAAUCCUUGAUUUGCCCGAUUCUCCAAUAUCUGGUUAA